UAAUCCUCAACACUUUCUCUUUACAUGCUGCAUGCUCAUACCUUGAAGGUUUGGUUUUAAAAUAGUAUCGGUAUAAUUUUUGCAAAAGUAUUUUCCGCUAUGUUCGCUUUCCGACAAUGCCACCAGGUCCUAUCUUCGCUGUACUGGGCGCUCUGCAUGCAAAUCAACUCACUUGCCAUGAAGCACUUUUCUCAGGAUGUAUCGGUUUUACUUAUAUACGUAAUCCUCCAACAGGUCUCAUUUGCAUUUGAAAACUUUCAAGCUUCUAUUACAUUCACAAAGCAUUGUGAACUUAGUCCAAUAGUAGGCGAGGACGAGGUUAAUGUACGAGUGUCUAUAUUUCCGAACUUCAAUGAAUACUUCACUUUGAUUCGAUCUUCAGCUGACGCCAACAUUGCGCUCUGUAAGUUCCAUGUGUUCAGUGGUAAAUGCGAGGUAGAAGAAAAGUACAAGGACUACCGCUGUGAUUGCAAUGCUGAUAAAAACCAUCAGCACCUUUUCUUCUUGACGAGCGAGAUCUCUGAGGAAAUAACGAGGCCUCUUGACGACAAGACACUGACCUUAGUAAGUCUAGAAAUCAUUAUCAACGAGUUGAUAUCUCCGAAAAACUUUAAGUCAGUUUCAAAUAUAGUCGGACCUACAAAAAAGGAUGUCAAAAUAUUACCUGCACCUAUAGUUUACUUAGAAGUGGACAACGUUUUGGCUGACCUGCUGAACUGCUCCAAAAAAUACGCAGCUGGCACGUUUCACACGUUCACUUUCUGUGCCAAGAACCUGGUCGACCCUAAAAUUGACCUGGAGCUCAACGGAAAAAAUAGUACGACGCAUGGUCCGUGUGCAAAGAUAGGCGAGACGUUAGCCCAGGGAUAUUGGAAUCUGAGUAUACAUUACACGGAUAGCAGGUGUCAGAAAAGCAAAAAAUAUGUCUGUCAUAUUGAAGGUAUAGUGUUGCCGACCAAUCAGGAGAACCGAAUGAUAUCAAAUAUAACAGAUUUAAAUAAAAAAAGCGGCUAUACAGAUCAAAGUGAGAAACCUUUUUUUUCCAGAAAAAUGUUCUUCAUAGUGGGCGGGUCCAUCCUGGGUGUGGGCGUUCUCUCAGUCAUAGGUUACCUGGUCUACAGUUCAUAUUUUAGUGAAGACAGCAGAAGUUCUUUGAGCUUGUCCUCACCCUCAUCUUUAACUACAGCAGUCGUAUGAAUGCCCCAGCCGUGUGACCUAACCGAAGCCUCAUGAUCAACCCAAGCCUCAUGACCCAACGCUAGUCUCCUGACCAACAUAAGCCUAGUGAUCAACUCAGGCUGCGUGACCAACUCAAAAGCUCAUGACCGUACUCAAGCCUCAUGACCCAACCCAAGCCUCAUGACCCACUAAAGCCUCAUGGCCCACCUAAGCCUCAUGACCCAACUCAAGUCUCCUGACCAAAAUAGGCCUCAUGAACAACUCAGGCUUCGUGACCAACACAAGCCUCAUGACUCAACGCAAGUCUCCCGACCAACAUAAGCCUCAUGACCCAAAGCAAGCCUCGUGACCAACAUGAGCCUCAUGACCCCAUGCAACUCUCCUGACCAACUCAAGCCUCGUGACCAAACGCAAGCCUCAUGACCCAACGCAAUUCUCCUUACCAGCAUAAGGCUCGUGACCAACAUAAGCCUCAUGACCCAACGCAAGUCUCCUGACCAACAUAAGCCUCGUGACCAACCCGCGCCUCAAUGCAAACCCAAGCCUCAUGACCCAAAAUAAGCCUCGUGACCAACAGUCACCAACUCAGGCCUCAUGACCCACCCAAGUUUCGUGACCCCAACGCAAGCCUCAUGAAUGUUAGUGUCAAUUAGACCAGCAGUAGCUAUUCACUGACCCACUAAUAAACUGUAUAUUAACUGAACACAUAUCGAGGGACAAUUCUGUAAAGCUGUCCCCUCGUUUGAUUCUUUAAUGUAAACUUAAAAAAAAAAUAAAACAAUUAUAUUUA